AUGCCCUUUGCGCAGCUGGUCAUCGGCCCCCGGGUGCGGUUCCUGGGUGCCAUCGGCCGGAAGUGCUCGGUGGUGAAUCUGGACCCCGCCAACGACAAGACCUCAUACCCGUGCGCGCUGGACGUGCGCGAUCUGGUAACACUUGAGGAGAUUAUGGACGAAUAUAAGCUGGGGCCGAACGGAGCCACACUAUACGCGCUGGAGGAGCUCGAGGAGAAUUACUCUUGGUUAGAGGAGGGGCUGAAGGAGCUUGGAGACGAUUAUGUUAUAUUCGACUGCCCUGGUCAAGUCGAGCUUUUCACGCACCACUCGUCAUUACGCAAUAUCUUUUUCCAGCUCCAGAAAAUGGGCUAUCGACUAAUAGUAAUGCACCUCGUCGACUCCUACACCCUCACCCUCCCAUCAAUGUAUAUCUCCGCCCUUCUCCUCUCCCUCCGCGCCAUGCUGCAACUGGACUUGCCGCAUCUCAACGUCCUCACCAAGAUCGACAACCUAUCAAACUACUCCAGCCUUCCCUUCAAUCUGGACUUCUACACGGAAGUGCAAGACCUUAACUACCUUCUCCCGCACCUCGAAGCCGAGUCCUCGCGCCUCACAAACUCCAAGUUCAGUGCCCUCAACACCGCGAUCAUAGAUCUAGUCGAGGAAUUCGGGCUCGUGGCAUUUGAGACGCUCGCUGUUGAGGAUAAGAAGAGCAUGAUGAACUUGCUGAGGGCGAUUGACCGCGCAAGCGGGUAUGCGUUUGGGCCUGCCGAGGGCGCGAAUGAUACUGUUUGGUCAGUUGCAGUGCGGGAGGGCAUGGGAGGUAUGGAUGUUCGAGAUGUGCAGGAGCGGUGGUUAGAUGCGAAGGAUGAAUAUGAUGACAUGGAGCGUGAGGAGUUGGAAGAGGUAGCGCGUAUGGAGGAGAAGGCGAGAAAGGCCGCGAUGGGGGAGGGGUUGGAAGAUGAGGAAGAUGAGGAUGAUCAGGACCUGGCGAAUUGGAAAGGGCCACUGCCGGAUAGCGGGGUGACGGUACGACGAAAGACAUGA